GAUCUUUUUUUUUUUUUUGGUUUUGUGAGUGACCCCGUUACCCGCCGCUGGGGCCUAACCCCGAGUUGAGGGCUCUCGGAUUAGCCGCCCGCCAGCCGUGGAAAUGUGAUAAGAGCCGUACCGUUCGCAGAAGGAAAUUUCUGAUGCAACUCGCCGCUUUUGCUGAUUGCCUCUCCAAACGCCUGCCUGGCGAUGGCCCACGAGCAUGUGCGUUAUGGAAAUUAGGCUUUGGAGUUGAGCACGAUGCUGAGCUGGAGGUGGGAGCUCUGGGGAGUGGUGGCUCCGUGACUGGCAGCUGGUUCUCACCUGGGUCCUCCCAGUCAGCUAGGCAGCUGCCGAACAGACGGAGCCCGAGCAAGCCCUGGACAGGUGCUGCAGCGCAGUAAAUGUAAUUUGAAGAAGGCAAGAAGGAACCAAUGGCUUUAGCUGGCUGCCCAGAUUCCUUUUUGCACCAUCCGUACUACCAGGAGCAGGUGGAGCAGACGCCUCCUCGCGGGGCUCGAGAUCUGGCAGGGCCUGGCUUCCCGGUACAGUCUGACCGGCUCGCGAAUCACCAAGAGGAUGAUGUGGACCUGGAAGCCCUGGUGAGCGACAUGAAUGCGUCCUUGGAGAGUGUGUACUCGGCCUGUAGCAUGCAGUCAGAGACGGUGCCCCUUCUUCAGAACGGCCAGCACACCCGCAGCCAGCCACCCUCAGGAAUAAGGUCCCUCCAGCCACAGGUGUCCCCGCGGCAGAAGGUGCAGCGCUCCCAGCCCGUGCACAUCCUCGCUGUCAGGCGCCUGCAGGAGGAAGACCAGCAGUUGAGAACCUCGUCUCUGCCGGCCAUCCCCAACCCUUUCCCCGAGCUCUGCGGCCCGGGGAGCCCCCCUGUGCUCACACCAGGCUCCUUGCCUCCGAGCCAGGCCACUGUGAAGCAGGAUGUUAAAGUCUUUAGUGAAGACGGGACGAGCAAAGUGGUGGAGAUUCUAGCAGACAUGACGGCCAGGGACCUGUGCCAGUUGCUGGUUUACAGAAGUCACUGUGUGGAUGACAACAGCUGGACACUAGUGGAGCACCACCCGCACCUGGGAUUAGAAAGGUGCUUGGAGGACCAUGAGCUGGUGGUCCGGGUGGAGAGCACCAUGGCAAGUGAAAGUAAAUUUUUAUUCAGGAAGAAUUAUGCAAAAUAUGAGUUUUUCAAAAAUCCAGUGAAUUUCUUCCCAGAGCAGAUGGUGACUUGGUGCCAGCAGUCCAACGGCGGUCAGACCCAGCUUUUGCAGAAUUUUUUAAACUCCAGUAGUUGUCCUGAAAUUCAAGGGUUUUUGCACGUGAAAGAGCUGGGAAGGAAAUCGUGGAAAAAGCUGUAUGUGUGUUUGCGGAGAUCAGGCCUUUAUUGCUCCACAAAGGGAGUUUCCAAGGAGCCCAGACACCUGCAGUUGCUCGCUGACCUGGAGGACAGCAGCGUCUUCUCCCUGAUUGCCGGCAAGAAGCAGUAUAGCGCCCCCACUGACUAUGGCUUCUGCAUAAAGCCAAACAGAGUCCGGAACGAAGCUAAAGGGCUGCGGCUGCUGUGCGCCGAGGAGGAGCAGAGCAGGACCUGCUGGAUGACGGCCUUCAGGCUCCUCAAGUAUGGAAUGCUCCUUUACCAGAACUACAGAAUCCCUCAGCAGAGGAAAGCCUUGCUCUCCCCCUUCUCGACUCCAGUGCGCAGUGUCUCUGAGAACUCCCUCGUGGCGAUGGAUUUUUCUGGGCAGACGGGAAGAGUGAUCGAGAAUCCAGCGGAAGCCCAGAGCGCAGCCCUGGAAGAAGGCCAUGCCUGGAGGAAGCGAAGCACGCGGAUGAAUAUCCUAGGUAGCCAAAGUCCCCUCCACCCUUCUACCCUAAGUACAGUGAUUCAUAGGACGCAGCACUGGUUUCACGGCAGGAUCUCCAGGGAGGAGUCGCACAGGAUCAUUAAACAGCAAGGGCUGGUGGAUGGGCUUUUUCUGCUCCGUGACAGCCAGAGUAAUCCAAAGGCAUUUGUACUUACACUGUGUCAUCACCAGAAAAUUAAAAAUUUCCAGAUCUUACCUUGCGAGGAUGACGGGCAGAUGUUCUUCAGCCUUGACGACGGGAACACCAAAUUUUCUGACCUGAUCCAGCUUGUUGACUUUUACCAGCUAAACAAAGGAGUCCUGCCUUGCAAACUCAAGCACCACUGCAUCCGAGUGGCCUUAUGACCUCAGAUUUACUCUUAGCUGAAGACUGGAGGAAGCUGACACUGGAAUGAAGAGGUCUGUGCAUUGAGAACACACAUCUGUUCUGCACCUUGGGACUCAGAGUGAGAUCAGUUAGGUCAGUGCCGACCGACCAAGGUGGACUAGUUUGUUGGACCUAAUGAUGAUUUGCUGCUGCGGAUCCAGCAGGAUCGCCUUCCUCUGCGCUGGCCAAAUCAGGGAGGGCACGAGAGAGCGAGCGCAAAUUUGAGAAUAAACUGGAAUGAUCGGCUUGGCUGGGCCAUGUAGGAACGAGAGCUGGAGAGAAGUAAUUGGAAAUGAACUCUUGCCCUGGAAUAAUCUUGACAAUUAAAACUGAUAUGUUUACUUUUUUGUAUUGAUCACUUUUUUGCACUCCUUCUUUGUUUUCAAUAUUAUAUGCAGCCUCUGGUAGGAGGAGAUGUGGCUUUUCAGUGCAUACAAGACGCAAAGACAGUUUUGAAUGGGCAGACUUCAGAGACUGACUGUAGGCCCCCAAAUGUUUCCACAGGGUGGUCCCCACCUUCUGCAGGUUACCAUACGUGGUUUCUGCUCCCGAAUAACCCACCACCCCCAGCCCCCCCAGUAUACUUGAAGAGCUUUUCUUAAAUAAAAGAUGUCACCUGUGGCAGGCAUUGGCAUGUUUCGUGGACCCGGUCAGGCAACCACGUCUGUCAGUCGCUUCUCUCUGCACAGAUGUCGCGUACUCUUGUUAUUAGCGCACCCAGUCCUCCACAGCUCGGGAGACUUGACUUCUUUGGAAAGCUCACUGUUCCACAACACGGCAGGGCUGAGUGACCGUGCCUCUAGUCUGAUGCAGGCCAGCCUUCCUAAGACACACCUGGUGCCCAUUGCCUGCCAGUGGUGGCUGCUGUGUUGCAUUGCCCACCUGGGGUGCUUUCAGCCUCUUCUAGAAUGAUCACUGCCCUACCCCUCCGCAGUGGCGUGAGUCCUUUCAUGGCUGUUCUCCCCUAGGGCAUUAAAAGAUCUGUCCAGAAAAGGGCACCUGCUUGGCUUCCCGCAGCGGCUGUGGGUUUCCAUGGUGACAGAUGGAAAUGUUGAGAAGGGCACAGCCGCGGCCCGGCAUUUAAAGGUCUUUGCUUGAUGCCCUGCGUCCUGCUGAAAACCCCCAUAGCCUGCGAAUGCAGAGCAGCUGUGGCUCCUCUGCUGGCUUGUGGUCAGAAGUACCUCACAGCAGUUGUGGACGUUGAAGAGUGUAACCAACACGGCACAACACUGCUUCUGGUUCCGGGAGCUCAGUCAGACGGUGGCUUGCGUUGUUCCUCCCCGUCCCUUCCACCUGUUCCCUUAGCUGAGCUAUCUAGUGUGAGGGCAGCCACGUCCUUAACCUUUGAUCUCUGCACAGCAGAAAGGGCUCCCCUGACAAGCGGACAGACUACUGUGUGAAGACAGUUUCCUUUUCCCAGAUCCUGGCUCCUCUGACUGCGUGCUGGCCACUGGAUCGCCGACACUCCGACCCGCCACAGUGCCCCCCGGGACAUCCCCGUGGUUUAGGACAGACACAAGGGGCUUCGGUGACGCACAUCCACUCUCAGUCAGUCUAGAAACACUGUAUUUUAGUUUAUGGGCCACACUCUAGUUGUUUUCCAUGAAAUGUCUACUUAUACAAAUAAGAAUUUUUAGUAAAUCAUGUUUUUAGCUAUAAACGCUCAAUCACGUUUUCGUUUGUAGCCAGUUAAUCUUCAAACCAUCGACAGGUAGUUCUCAAGUGCAUACCUGGCGGCUGCUUCCACUGAACUUCGCUUUAGCUACACUGUUACACCUCUUUUCUCUUCACCGAUUGGAAGUAAACCCUUAAAGAACAAAAACAAAAAACCUCUACCAUCUCUUCUUUCUGUUUACAUAGCCCAGUCUCCACCUGUGAGACAAGACUCUCACACCCCUCUCCAAUAGACAGCUCGUGUCUGCAGUAUUUCAUAUUUAUAAAUAACGCAUUUUAUUUAAAAGGAGAAAAGAAGCUUGACUGACCGUUGUGUAUGUAGCUGGUGUGACGUAGUGUUUGUACCUUCCCGCCACAGUGAGUCGUUGGAGAGUGUAAACUUCCCAGCCCCACUGCCUGGCCCUUGUGUAGGGGGCUGGCAAUUCCACCUGAAAACAGCCAGCCCCUGGAGGGUGCAGGUGCCCAGCCCAGCCAGCCAGGGGCUACGGACAUUCGCCUUUUAUUUUUGUAUUUAAAUUACAUGAAUGUAAACGGGACAGCUCAGGGUCGUUUUGGAGCCUGUUGAUUUCCUAUCUCUGCUUGUGGUUUUCUUUUCUAAAAUAAAAACUCCAUGUAGCAACCUGGACUAAGUGGAAAAGGAAAAUGCCAAAUGCUUCGAGUAUUAGAGUGAGUAGGUGAGCUCUGUUACCUUAGGUGUUCGAGUUCCAGAACGUUUUUUUUUGUUUGCUAAACCUUGAAGAAAUAUGUGCCUCAGUCUAGAUGUUUUGUCUUGUCUUUUCUGCACUUAAUAGCUGAUGGUUUGACCAAUUGGCACACCUUUCCAGGGGCGGGACAUGCUCGUCGUAGAUUGUGAUGUCACAGUGCAAAGCUGUGGUGACCGUGAAGGGCCUGGCGUGUAGACGUCUUCAGGGAAUGCAGAAGGUGUUAACUUAAGAGACAAAACCUUUAUGCCACGUGCUUUGCUCCUUUCUGUACAUAGCUCUUCGGCUCGUGAACCUAAUUGUAAACUUUCAGGUAUUUUUGUACAAAUAAGGGACUGAUGUUCUGUUUCUUGUAAUUAGAAAUAAACAUUAAUACAGUGUUCUUCAUUUUC